AUGUCGCUGUGCAUGACCCCACAUUUCUGCAUGCUGGUCCUUCCAGUGAUGUCGCUCCUGCUACUCUUUUCUCCAAUCAGUUGGAGCCACGAUGGCCCUACCCCAGGGUGUCACUUACACCGUGAGUAGUGAUGGAGACACUCUCAAACCAGCCGAAUUUUUACAUGCUUUCUUAGCUAAUACAAGGUUUAAGGUAAAUGUGGUCCAGAGGUUGGAUAUCAAAGUUCUGAUCGAGAAAUGUCCGAGAAAUGUUUCACUGUGAGAAAAUUUCUCUUUGAGUCAAUUUUUGUCCACCUUGAAGAUAAAGUGACACCUAAAUUAUGUUUUCUGACAAAAAAAUCUCACCCUGCUUUCUUUGAACAUCAAAAUAAAUCACUCUUCAUAGCUUACUCCAUUUAACUCUGCAAAAUAUAUAAAUAAAAGGGUUUUUGCCUCUUUAGUAACCACCUUGCAGCAGUUACAGGCAUAAACAAAUGCUUCAUAGGAAUUGCCAGUCUUGAUGGUCUACUUUGGUUUCAUUAGCCAUAUAGAGGCAUCACUAUUUAUUUCAGUCUGACUAAGUUUUUAAUUUUCCCCUGCCCUCCAGCCUUCAAUGUGACCAUCCGCAGUGAUCGCCGUGGCACAUGUAAAGGUACCCACCUGGUCUAUGCCUGUGUGGGCUACUGUGAGUCCAGUGCCUUCCCGUCCAGAUACUCAGUGCUCGUGGCAUCAAACUUCACUCACAACAUCACCUCUGCUUCAAGAUGCUGCACCAUUAGCAAGGAUGCUAAGGUAAGUGUCUCAUGUUGUGCUGAAUAUGAGAGCAAAGUCGACUCCAGCCUUUAGUUUCUGUCUGUAUUAUUAUUAUUUCAUCAUGUCAUCUUGCUUGUUUUCUCUAAGGUCAAAGUUCGCCUGGACUGCCCUCGAGGUCGUUACCAUGAUGAAAUGGAGAUCCUAACAGCAAAGGCCUGUCGUUGCGACAUGUGCCGCAAGUCCCGCUACUGA